AUGGCUGGAGAAAGAGGAAGAGGGCCUAACCCUGAAGAACAUGUGCCACUAAUUAUACCAGAGCGUAGUGUGGAAGAAAGAUUUCGCAAGCAUAAUCCACCAACUUUUGAUGGCCUCGGUGAUCCUCUGGAUACCGAGAGAUGGGUAAGAGCUACUGAAAGGAUACUCAACCAUGUUGGCUGUGGGGAUAGGGAGAAACUAACAUGCGCAAUUUUCCAACUUGUUGAUGAGGCUGAAUUCUGGUGGGAAUCGGUGCGACGAACCUUGACCCCUGAGCAAUGGGAGGCGUAUACGUGGAACGAUUUUAAGGAAAGAUUGUAUGAAAAGUAUAUCCCUGGAUGCUAUAGGAAGAAGAAACAGGAUGAGUUUUGGAAUUUAAGACAGGGAAAUAUGACAGUCACUGAGUACGACCGAAUGUUUAACCAGCUUUCGCGAUAUGCUCCGCAUCUAGUUGACACAGACGAGAAAAGUACGUGCAGACUAGAAGUCAAGUUUAUUAGCCAAGGUAUUUAA